AUGCAGUCCAUCAUCCUGGCUUCAGCCCUCGUGGGCCUGGCUGGUGCUGCCGCCGCGCCACAAAAUAUCGACUUCGAUCUGGCCUACGCGCUGCCGAACCCGUCCUACACCACCGUGUUGGAUGCCACGGCCCAGAUCGUUACCUACAAUCCGUCUACCGUCUUUUCUGCUGCCCUUCCGCAGAUUACCGCAAGCGACACGACGAAUACGCUUGACACGACGACCGAGCCUGCCCUAGAAAAGCGUGCCGCCUGCGCGCCGCAGCCGACAGGCGCUGGCCCGAUCCCGACUUCGGAUACCGUCUCGGCGUUCGCCGCCCUGCCGGCCUUCUCUUCUGCCGCCGUCGGCGCUCCUGUCCCGAGCGGGUACACGCAGACCUUCUCAAAUCUCAAUGCGUCCAAUAACGCAUACGGCUACAUGGGAUACACCAACCUGAAGUCAUACGAUUCGAACCUCUGCGCAUCCAAGUGCAACGCUAUCAACGGCUGUAUCAGUUUCAACCUCUUUUUUGAGCGAGAUCCGUCUCUCGAACCCGGCAGCGGCGCCUCCGGCUGCGCGAACCCGGCCUCGACUACCAACAUCAAGUGUGUCUUUUGGGGCGGUCCGGUCUCGACGGACAACGCGCUUAACUCUGGUCAAUGGCGCAACCAAUUCCAAGUCGCUAUUGCCGGGUCGAAUGGCUAUGUUAACAACACUGUCGCCCUAGUCCCCGGAUACGGUGCAGCCAUCCCCCUUGGCAACGCGGCUAUCAACUCGCCAUACGACAAGUUCGGCUUCGACAGCUACAUGGGCUCAUCAAUAUUCAUCGGCGCCUUCAACGCUCAACUCUGUGCCGAUGCCUGCACCAAGAAGAGCGAGUAUGCGAUCGCCCAUCCACCGACAGACGGUACACCAGUCCAGACCUGCCAGUUCUUCAACACGUAUAUCCUGUAUAUCAAUACCACUAAGAACAUUCAGGGCCAGUACUGCGCGAUGUACUCCGAGUCCUGGCCAGCAAGCUACGCGACCAACGUCGGCCAGUACCGCGGCAGUGACCACUUCCUCCUCCAGUACUCCUUCGCAUACUCGAACAGCACGAACCCCGGCUCUGCCCAGCCCCUGCCAGCUGUUCACCAAGCGAAACGCGACAUCCUCUGGCCUGCCAACUCGGCGCUGCCUUACUGUUCCAGUCUUCUUGGCUAUACCACACCAUUGACGACGACGACCGCUACCGCCACUACUACUACUAGCACGACCACAAUAGUGACGACGACCACCACUGUUACGCCAGGUGGCAACAACGCUCGUCGAUCGGCCGCCGCGAUCGCUCAGCCGCAGGUUCUGACCAAGUACCCGGCCAGCAUCGUGUCGUCCGCCUGCUCGCUAGCGGCCACGCCCGUGACCCAGACUAGCACCAUCACGACCAUCACGACCGCGGCAACAGCGACCACGACUGUGACCUCCACCAGCACGGUUGUCACGACCACGCCCGCGGGGAGACUUCCUGGUGUACCCUGCGAUCCCGCUGGGGCCGGCAACGGCAAUUUCAAUGCGGGCGGCUGCAAUAACGGUUGCUUUUGCAAUGCCGACGUCGACCAGACCAACGCCUACUGCGGCCGCGAUUGCGGCCCUGAUGGUUGCACCGUCUGCAGGUCGGAUAGCGAGUGCCCGUCCGGCACGUUCUGCGACAUUGCCAACUUUGGCGCUGGGUUCCGCGGAGACUACCAAGGCGUCUGCUACUCUUUUGUUGGCUGCACUUCCACCUACAGCCCCCCGGCUGUCAAGCGGAACUCUCUUUCCUUCAUGGCAGCUAUGCCUCGUAAGGGCCGCACGGCUCCCGUUGCCGCUCGCGAACAGACCAAGAUUAUGGGCACCGACCCUAAUCGUCCUGAGACUGCGACCGAUUAA